CUUAAUUUUUUAUAUAUAUAAUAUUAAGUAUUAAUUAAUAUUAAUUAGCUUUGUUCCUUCGUUGUCAUUUCUCAAAUUUUAUUUUAAUUAUUUUUUUUUGUUUGGAUUUUCAUUUUCUUUUUCUCCGUAGUGACAUCGAGGCAAUUUGUUUUGUUUGGUUUUUAUUUUUUGGGUUUUUUUUUUCAGGGUCUUCAUUUGUUUGAUCAGCGACUGGAAUAAAUUUUGAAAGAAAAGGAGGAAGGAGGAGGACGAGUUAAAAUCCAUGGUCGUGGUUGAGAAUGCUGGAGUGGAAUUGGGGAGGAACGUGGGUUCGGCUUCGUCAAAUAGGAGCGUGGAGGAGGAGACGACGGCGCGUGGUGGUGGAGGAGGAGGAGGUAACGAUCAGGAUCAGCCGAAGCAUAAUGGUUUGCAUCAGAGCAGCAAUGGUUCGAUUCUGAGGCCUCACGAUUAGGGCCUUUUCAUGAAGGUUGUGCAGGCGGCGCAGGUGGUUCAGUUGGGGUUUGAUCAUGGCACAACGAUCGGAGGUCCUCAGUCAAUGCAGAUAGUAGGAGUGGGGUCGGUUCAUCAUCAGCAAUCAAACGGUGGGGAUUUGCAGAUGAAUGAGGAUCGUGAUGGGGAGAGCUUUAACCGGGAUAUGAGGGAAUUGAGGGAGCUUUUCUCCAAGCUUAAUCCUAUGGUGGAGGAGUUUGUGCCUCCUUCACUUGCUAACAACCCUGGAUUAAAUGGUGGGUUUAACAAUGGCUUUGGUCUUUUGCUUAACAACAACAAUGGCAACAGAAAUGGAAACGCUAAUGGCUUCAAUGCUCGACGGAGGAACAGCCAAGGAAAACGGAGAAUGAAUAGCAGGACUAGUAUGGCACAGCGGGAAGAGAGAAUUCGAAAAAUUGUUUAUAGAGCCUUAGGUCAAUGA